GAAAGUUUAUUCGAUCGUGUGUGAAGCUGCAUAAACAAAAUAUUAUUAAAACUGUAAGUCAGUAGGUAGGUAGAUACCUAAUCAACAAUUUAGUUUUCUGAUAACUAAAUAUGGGUGCAGGACAAAUUGGUGGAAUUGCAACGUUAGUGGACAUAGAUUUCAGAAAUGCAGCUGGAUUUUUGGGAGAGCCAGCUAAGUCAAUUGAGGGACAACACAUCGUCCACUACCUGUCGCACGCUAUGAUAUUUUGCGUUGGGGCACUUUUAGAAGCUCACGUCGUAUUAACUCCUGCUAUAUGCGUUUACGGUGAAAGAUACAAAUUCCACGUGUUUGCUGGGACACAUAAGUUUAUAGAUGGUCCCGGUAUAUCUCGUCAGGUUAACCAUUUAUGCGUUCAUAGAGGCUACAAUCAUUCCAUGCGCUGGAACGAGUGUUCACCGGACAAUCUUGCUCUAUUAGUUCUUGGACAGCAGUUUUCUUUUAACUCGCGUGAGAGUGGCUCAGACUUUUUACCGAACCGAGUCCGGUAUGGAACUACGGCGGAAUUAAAAAAACAUAUAGGAGAUACUACCUGCCAUUAUUUUGGCUGGGGGAGCAGGCGCAACGGUUACCUAGUCCCAUUGUUGAUUAACCUUCUCCGUGUGGAUGCAACAAUAUUACCGGAUGAAAAUUGCCUUGAAAUAUGGAAUAAUCAAGAGAAAUUUUUGUGCUUGCAGCAGCCACGUUGUCGGUCAGAAAAUCAUGGUGCUUUGUGCCCGGAUGAUUUGGGCACUGUCCUGGUUUGUUCGGGAUAUGUUGUAGGCAUCAUGACGUCCCGUCUCAUCGACAGGCCCUGCGGCGUCGGAUUCCUGGAUCUGAGUCUCUACAAUAAGUUCCUCACUUGCUCUAUCGAUGAUUCCCGUGACGUCAUCGAUAUUGAUGAGGAGUUUAUGUCAUUCGACUACAAGGGAAUCUCACAAACGCCUGCCACACGGCCAAUGGUAACGGUGAAUAUAAAUGAAACAACAGAUGAAACUCCAUGAUGUAUUUGUUAUUUAUUAAACUUGCUUAGUAUAU